AUGGGUUUCGUCAAAGUUAUCAAAGGAAAGGCUUACUUUAAGCGUUAUCAAGUCCAAUACAGACGUCGUCGUGAAUGCAAGACUGACUACCAACAACGUAUGCGUUUGAUCACUCAAGACAAGAACAAGUACAACGCUCCAAAGUACAGAUUGGUUGCUCGUUUCACCAACAAGAAGGUCAUUGCCCAAAUCAUCUACUCCAAGAUUGUCGGUGAUUUCGUCCUCUGUGAAGCCACCUCUGCCGAAUUACCACGUUUCGGUGUCCCAGUCGGUCUCACCAACUACGCCGCCGCCUACGCUACCGGUCUCCUCUUGGCUCGUCGUCUCCUUACCCAAAUCAAGUUGAACGAUCUCUACAAGGGUCAAGAAAAGGUCACUGGUGACGACUUCAACGUCACUGCCGUCGAAGACAAGCCACGUCCAUUCAAGGCUCUCCUCGAUGUCGGUCUUGCCCGUACCACCACUGGUGCUAAGGUAUUCGCCGUCAUGAAGGGUGCUUGCGAUGGUGGUGUCAACAUCCCACACAAGAAGACCCGUUUCGUCGGUUUCGAUGCUGAAUCCAAGAAGCUCAACACCGCCGUUCUCCGUGGUCACAUCUUUGGUGCUCACGUCUCUGAACACAUGAAGCAACUCCAAGCUGAUGACGAAGAGUCAUACAAGAAGCACUACAGCCAAUACAUCAAGAACAACAUUGCUCCAAAGGAUGUUGAAGCCAUGUACACCAAGGCUCAUGCUUCCAUCCGUAAGGACCCAUCUGCCCUCAAGAAGGAAAAGAAGGUUUACAAGGCCGACGCCAAGUUUGCCAAGGAUGUCAAGAAGACCCUCAAGGAAAGAAUGGCUCGUGUCAACGCCAUCAAGUCCAAGGUCAACGCCAAGGUUUUGGGAUCCAACUAA